AUGUCUGAUUCAAACGAUUCACUUAUGAACUCGCAAGAUAUUUUGAGUUUAAGACUACCAGCUUACGGUAUUCAUCAUCCUAGACUGUGGUUUGCUCAGGUAGAGGCAAUUUUUGAGUGCCGUCGCGUUAGAUCACAACAAACCAAGUAUGGUUGCGUUGUUGUACAUCUUCCACCUGAAGUUGCCGUCGAAAUUGCUGACGUCAUCUACGAGAAACCCGAUGUAAACCCAUACGAUAUACUAAAAGAUGGUUUGAUUAAGAGAACAGCAGCCACCGAUGAACAGAAGCUCCGUGUUUUACUUGCCGGCGUGGAACUAGGUGAUCGUAACCCCGCUCAACUACUCCGACAUAUGACACGGCUACAAGGAAAGCAGGCGGUAAAUGAGAGCAUCCUCAAGGAGUUGUGGUUGCUAAACCUCCUUGGAGACAUAAGGAAGGUCUUGUCGGUUGUUGACAAAGACACAACGCUGCCAAAAUUAGCCGAAUUGGCUGACCAGUCCUACAUAGCUGUCACCGCCGAACGAACUAAGCCAGUCAUCUUUCUGGCUGAAGCCAUCAGUCCUACUCACGCUGAUAUGGGACACGACCACCUACAAGACACCGAGAUCUUCGAUGUCACCAAACCAAUACAGGUACCUACGUGUGUAACAUCCUCAAAACUUUAUCUUUUUGAACAAUACGGCCAUGUUUCAAAGCUUAAGCUCAUUAAACCGGCUCCUUGUCAAGGACCAGAACAGCUGCAAGCAAGUCUGCCGCCGUACGCUGUAAAGCAGCAAACAUGUAGCAGCAUUUGCAAGGACUUGCCAGUUGAUUUAACCUCACAAGAGAGAAAUCUAAAGUUGGUUGGAAAUCUGACUAUCACCAAAGAGGAUCUGGCUAGUAAAGAUUUGCAAAAUCUUUCACGAGAGCUUGAACCUCAUGUAAACGGAGGUUCUUGGAUGUACCGAGAUCCUAGUGUGAGUCAAAAUCGAAGGUGUGAUGUCAGUGACCAUUCGGCUGUCACCAUUAUCAUACCAUUGCGUAACAGAUGGCAUCAAGUACCUGCACUACUUUCCACUCUCAUACCGCUGUUACGGAAGCAAAAAAUAUGCCAUCGUAUUUUUAUUGUUGAGCAAGCUGAUGAUGCUCCAUUUAACCGUGCAAAACUUUUCAAUGUUGGUUUUGUCGAGGCUAUUAAACUCUUCCGACUUGGAUGUGUGCAAUUAACGAUCUUAAUCCUUAUGGGUGCGAUAAGGAAGUGUCAAAAAAUGUCAUCCACCUUGGAGUCGGGUUAG